ACCAUUAUGGAUCAUUUCAUCUGGGCCAUCAGGCACUGACCAUCGACUUUAUAGGUCAUGGGGCGCGCAAAAAUCUGGUCGUCCAGAUGACCCCGACGUGCAACUUGGAUCACGAUCGCCGUCACAGCAUUAUGCCUAACGCGAAGGAACCCCAUCAGAACCACCCCAAUUAAUUUUUAUUGGGAACUAUAUACAGUCGCGUUUUCCGGUUUUCUCAGGACUCUGUUUUCAAUAUUACUGCCUAAAUAUCUGUUUCGCAUAAAAUAUCAUAUAUAAAUUUAAUAUCUACGGGUUAUGGUGUGAUUUUUAUGUUGAAAAAAACUUAUCAUUUGUGCGAAAACAUGUUUGAAAUUGUUGGUAUGUUGCAUGCUCGUUUUUUGGCUGGAUAACGAGUUCUAUCUUCAAAAUUUUUCGUCGUACAAAUCAUGGUGGAUUUAGGAGGUUAUGUAAUAAUUCUCGUCGAAACUAAAGACAAAAAGAUAAAGCUUUAUGGUUCGCCUGCUGAUAACGACAACCUUGAAAUUGGAGAUGAAAUUUUGGAAGUUAAUGGUAAAACACUAGAAGAUGCUAAUCAUACGGAAGUAAUCAACCAUAUUCAUCAGUGCAUUAGGUCAAGGACAAUAUGCCUUCGUGUCAAGAGAAAAAGUGGUGCGCGUUUGGCAGUGGACUUAGAUCUGUGCCAGGACAACGUGCAGGAUGCGUUCGUCAUCGCUGUCGAGCAGCAGGCUCGAGAGCGACUGGAACGACUGUCGGCACUCCGCAAGAUUACCCCCAUCGACAUAACAAAGUUAGGAGAACAGUUAAAUCAACAAACUAUAGUAUCAACACAGGACCUAAAUGGAUUUAUCAACAAUUCGCCCAUUUACGUUACUUCUUUGACGGCCACAGAAAAUUUAAACAACAAUUCCACAGGAAGCAAGUCCGGAGGCGCACUCGGAUCUUCCACAUCUGUGGUGGCCGUGCAUCGGAGUGCUGGAGGAGACAAGUGUAAACCAUUAGCUCAUCAAUUAAAAAACGACGUGGGCAUUACUGCACAGCCUCCAGAGCAGAUUAGCGCAGCUGCUCUGCUCGCUAAUCAUAUCGGAGCUCCUAUCAACAGAGAGGUAUCCGAGCUGCAGUCAACAGCGGCUCUUACAUACGCACCCAUCAACGCAAUCGCGACGCGUAGAUCAUCAUCGCCUUAUGCUAACGGACAUACCGAGUUGCUCAUCGGAGAAGACAAUAAAUUAAAAAACUUAUCUUCAGUAGAAAGCAACAACAAUAAAUUAGGUGUUGAUUUUGAUAAACAGCAAAGGUCGCGUCGAAGAUCAGGGAGCAGUCUAGCCGUAAUCGAUACGGAGCUGCAGGAACCAAUAAAAAAGCCGCCGGACGAUCUGGACUCCUUGGACAUGGUGAUGGUUGUACCCCAUGGAAACGAGGAUGGCCAGCCCCAUCGAGAGAUGGCGGUGGAUGUACCAGACAGUUUUGUAGCCCGAAAUAAAACUCCGCCGAGGUAUCCGCCACCCAAGCCCAUUGGAACGGUGGGAUACAACAGAUUUUCCGGAGUAAAUUUUGGCGGAGACGUGCAAGAAAGAGCAAUUGAUGUACCUGAAAAUUACAUAGAUAGAAAAAGUACCCCACCAAAUUAUCUUCAGACGACAAGUAAAAAUAAAAUCGAGCCGACGACCAACGGUUCAGUUCCCACAUACCAAAACCACCAUCUCCCCUCACAAGCAACUCCCCAAGUUCCCCCAAAACCCGUGCCGCCCCCAAGGGAUCACCUGAAAAUAGAACCGGAUGGCAGAUUGGUAAAUAAGGCUCCCGCACCUCAGUUACCCGCUAGAAUAGUCAACAAUAAUAACCUUAAUGCCACUCCGAUAGCCAAUAAAACUUCCAUCGUUACCGAACCUACCCGGGAGCAGCUGGACAGUAUUAAGAAAUAUCAGGACCAACUUAGAAAAAGAAAAGAGGAUGAAGAUCGGAUUGCGGCUCAAAAUGAGUUCCUCAAUCGAUCUUUGCGUGGAUCUAGGAAACUUCAAGCGUUGGAGAAUAAGGCUCAAGGAGCGAUCAACGAUGCCUUUGAAGAUGAAGCCGCUGAUUCGGCACGGUCCGAAAGUCCCAUGGAGGAAAAGGAGCGAGUCCAUGUUCCUUACGCUUAUGGUGACUUAGUAGCGGCUGUACAACGUCUGCAAAUGCAGCUGAAGAAAACGUCAGCCGGUUCUGGCAUUUCGGGCCUAGAAGGCAGAAUAGCGGCCGUCCAGUCGUUGUUACUUUCGCCCCAGUUCGGUAGGGCUUUGGCUAUUCAUAAUAAAAUACAGGCCGUCCGUCAGAAGAUUAGUGUACGACCGCAACCUUCGGCGCAGAAUGCCCUUAGAGAGGUGCUCGACUCUUUAAAUAGCUCACAAAGUACUUAUGCUGUUGAGUUAGCAACAAUUUUAACAGGGUACGAGUUUGAAGCAUUAAUGUUAGCUCACGAUGGACUGGCUUCCAUUCUUCCUCCAGACUCAACGUCUCCACCUCCCCAAGAUGCCGUGGCACCUCCACCAACAAACUCCCGUUACAUCAACGAGGAUAAUAUUAAAAUAAUCCGAAUUGAUAAAACUACAGAACCAUUAGGAGCUACUGUUAAAAAUGAUGGCGAAGCUGUGGUAAUCGGGAGGGUUGUGAGAGGUGGAGCGGCAGAGAAAAGCGGUCUACUACAAGAGGGCGACGAGCUCCUCGAAGUAAAUGGAAUUGAAAUGCGCGGCAAAAGCGUCAACGCUGUCUGUGAUAUUCUUAAGGACAUGGAAGGGUCGCUAACCAUUAUUGUUAGUCGUGCUUCUCAAUCAAGAAAUCACAUGUCUCGAGAAAUGUUUCUUCAUGUGAGAGCCUUAUUUGAUUAUGAUCCUGAAGAAGAUAUGUACAUACCUUGUCGAGAACUCGGAAUUAGUUUUAGGAAAGGAGACGUACUUCACGUGAUUAGUCAAGAAGAUCCUAAUUGGUGGCAAGCAUAUCGGGAAGGAGAAGAAGAUCAAACGUUGGCCGGUUUAGUGCCUUCUUUGACUUUCCAGCAUCAAAGAGAAACAAUGCGGCUGGCAGCCGAAGAGAGAGUAUCAAAACCUAACAAAAAAAUUGCCACGUCUACGCUUUUAUGUGGUACGACGAAGAAGAAGAAGAAAAAGGGUGCUUACGAUGAAGGUGGUUAUCCGAUGUACUCAAACGAUGACUAUGAUCCAGAAGAAAUUUUAACGUACGAAGAAGUCUCGUUAUUUUACCCUCGGGCAGACAAGAAGAGGCCAAUCGUAUUAAUAGGUCCUCCAGAUAUUGGAAGGCAUGAGCUAAGACAAAGACUGAUGGAAAAUUCGGAAAGAUUCGCCGCAGCUAUACCACAUACGUCAAGAGCGAGAAAAGAUACCGAAAUCGAUGGCCAGGAUUACCACUUUAUAACGCGUGCACAAUUCGAAGCCGAUAUCUUAUCGAGAAAAUUCGUCGAACAUGGUGAAUAUGAGAAGGCAUACUACGGAACUUCUUUAGAUGCUAUCCGGUCCGUGGUCAAUUCCGGAAAGAUAUGUGUUCUUAAUUUGCACCCUCAAAGUUUAAAAAUAUUGAGGACGUCGGACCUGAAGCCUUACGUCGUAUUUGUAGCGCCUCCUAAUCUAGAAAAUUUAAAAAUUAAGAAGGACCGUUUGGGCGAAUCGUAUAAGGAAGAAGACUUGGUGGACAUAAUAGACAAAGCUCGCGAAAUGGAAAACAAAUACGGCCACUACUUCGACAUGAUAAUUAUUAACAAUGAUACCGAGAGAGCGUACCACGAUCUGCUCUGUGAAAUCAACAGCCUUGAAAGGGAACCGCAAUGGGUGCCGGCGGCUUGGGUUAAGUCCACGUAGGGAAUACUAAAGCGGUAGAAUCGUGACAGAUUCUAACCGAAGGUCACUAUCAAAAUUAAAUUCAGAAGUCUAAUUUCUUCCGAUAUUAUAAUUGUUACUUUUUUGCAAGUCAUUACUGCAAGUCGAUUUAAUACUAAAUCGUUUGAAUGAGGUCAGAUUUAUUUCUAGUCGCAACAUUCCUGUUUUAGGAUGAAAAAUACAGGAAUUCACUUUAAAACCUUUGUUGGAUAUUUACUAAGCAUCACAAACGUAUAUUGCGGUCGAUUAUAAUUUAACAAAAUUUACAGAAAACCUAUUAAAUGAAAAAAAUAAGUAAUAUAAUUUUAUAAACGGCUUAGGUAUUUAGAAAAUUAUAUUAAAUUGGUCAUACAUUUAGUCUGCUCAUAUUAAAAGAAUAAAUAAGGACAAUAUAAAAUUUCAAAAGAAUGUAAAAAAAAUUGAUUUGCUCACAAUUUAGUUUUUUCUUGUCUAUCAAUAAAAUGUCGAACAAAGGAGUCACUUUAAAAAAAAGUUAAUUAAUUUCGUAAAAUUCAUAAGUAGGUUACUUGUAGCUAAUAAAUUUAUAUUUCUUAUUUCGAGAAACUUUAUACAUGCCAUUCAAUCUAAGUUUAAUGCAUACAUUUCUUGGUACAAUCAGCCUCUAGUUUCCAGAAUAGAGUAUUAAUUUAUCGUUAUUUUAUGUUGUCAUCUUACUUAGUUGAUUUUUUUUUUCAAAUAUGCUGGUAGCUUUUUAUUUUUGUUAGAUCUAUAAUAAUAUGUGAUAUCUCUUUCUAGUUAUUAUCCCUACAAUGAAAAUAUAGGGAUAAAUGAUCCGUUUCUCGCAUUCUAGUUUUCAACACUUUCUUUCCAGUUAUGUAAACCUCUGUUGUGUUGUGUGUUGUAGACCUCUGUUUUCCAUUUCACAGUAUAAUUCUUCUCUCCUUGAUCUUCUUGGUCUGCCCCUUUUUCUGUGGUGGGUGGAAACCCACUGUAGUAUUCGCUUUGGCCAUCGUAGGUCCAUCCUUUGUCGAAAGGAUAUAUAAUAUGAAGAAAUGGUAUGGCCAUGUCGAUGGCAAUCAGACAAAGGUAACCAAAGGACUUCGCCAAGGCUGCUGCAUUACACCUACACUCCUUACGAAUUAAUUGGAGGGAGUUUUGGAAACCUAAAAAAAAAUUUGAACCUUUGGGUAUUCCAAUUGGAGAUCAGUAGAGCUUAAAUUUUGCGAAUGACCAAAUAAUACUUGCAGAAGAGCAGGAUGAUAUCCACUACAUGUUACAAAAAAUAGACGAAGAAUACACCAACUGAGUUUAUCAAUUAACCCAUCAAAAACGUAUGUAGUGGUGAGAGGUGAAGGUAGGUAUUUAGAAUUAUGAGACGUAAAUCGAAAAUACUGACAGCUAUAAAUAUUCCGCUAUUCCGGUGUAAGCAUUUCAAAUGAUCGGAACAAAAAAAAAAUAGAAAUAGGAACUGGAAAAGGUAAUUCAGCUAUACGACAACUAAAUAGUAUACUCUGACAUAAUCGCAUCAAUACAAAAAUUUCAAUCUACAAAAGGAUCGUAGAAAGAAUUGUUACAUAUAGCUCAGAGCUUUGGAUGAUAAAUAAAAAAGAUGCAUUUAAAAUAAGAAUAAUGGAAAUGAACUGCUGGCGCAGAUGAUGCUAACUAACCAAAAAAGGCAGAAUAUGUAAUAUUGAAAUCAGAGAGCAUAUGGACAUAGACAUCAAUAUCCUGGAAACUAUAGAAUGCAAAAUGAUGAAGAACUGUGGUGAGUAAAAAAGCAGUCCUUAGGAUGCAAAGCCACUUUACAUUUAUGGCAAAUGAAAAAAGAAUUUUUGUGGCAAAAUCCACAGCGGGUUUGCUUUCCUUAGUGAAUAACCAAAUGGUCUAGCCUGGUGGCAUACUGGAACGGGGAAUGGUAUACCUGAAAUGUUGAUGUAAAUUUUUCCUGGUUCUAAGGACUUCUUUUUGUGGUUUGUUUCCAAAAUACCUGUACCCAAACUUUUUCUGGAUUCCAUCUGAGCGAUUUUUCCACCAGAAAGUCUAUGCAGUUGCCAAGCAGUUUGAACAGACACAUCCACCACAUCCCACUUGCAUACUAUAAUGUUUUCAUCAGCUAAGCUGUAAAAAUACAUUCCCCGUUCUUUUUUCUUGAUAUCUUUUGACGUUAUUAGAGGACACUUAGAAAGUCUAUUUUCUCGCACAGCUCCUGUUCCUUGAAUAUUUUUUUGUAUCAGUUCUUGUACUAGAGGAAUUGAAUAAAAAGAGGAAGAAUAUAUGAUUGACGAUCAUUUAACUGUCUUAGAAUAUCGACAUACUGCAGAACUACGCUGACCCCUAAUCCCAAAUCUUUAUAUUUUUUCGGCAAAGUCGUGACACUUCCUGGUAAGGAUCAAACCAACAAAUGUACCCCGACCUUGUAGCCCCGGUUCAAAUAUUAUAGACCCAUCUGAUGGGUUUUGCACGGAUAAACUGCUUACAGGUGUGUCGCCCAUAAUAAGGUACCAUAGCUUCAUCAACACUAUGAUGCUCUGCAAAAGGAGAGUAUUCUUGAAAUUUUUUGUUCAUUGCCUCAUUGGUCCUUCAUCAUGUUAGGCUCAAAUAAAAUAACAAUUUUUACGUGCGCAGUAUACAAGCUACGACAAUGAUUCAGACGUUACUUCCAUACUGUCAAAAAGAAGAAUUGUAUCAGCAAGCUAGCUAAAUGUUCAUAUUCAUGAUAUAAUGGCGACAUCUGUUAUUGCAUGACGUAAUAUUUACAUGUCCCGAUUACGGAACAGUAGGUUCAUAUGUGUUAAUGGACUUAACAUUUUAUUUAUUUUUAUUAGCAAAUAGUACUUAGUACUAAUUCGUUUUUAUAAGGUAACGAGGUAAUUACCGCUGCUUGCGAUGCUUUUCUACUCCUGUUUGUUUUCUACCCCAGUUGUUUUCUUUUAAAUGUCGGGACUGGUAAAACAUCAUAGGGUGACAAAAUUUUUUCCAUUCUAGAUGGAGCAGGUUCUGCGUUGUUUCUAUUAGGAGAUUUUGUUUGCACUCCAGAUGAACCGGGCUCCGCAUGGUCUGAACUGGGUGGCUCAACAUUCAACUGAGACUUUGUCUUUAACGAUAUUGUUGUCCGGAACAGAAAAGUUAUUCGUGUUAAGUUAUUAUAUCACCUACUAAACUAAGCCAAGGGGUAAAAGCCAUCCUCUAUGUUCCUGUAUCCAAUGAAGUCGUGCACCUAUGUUCAACACAUAGAUGUAUUAUAGGUGUUCCUAGACACGUAAAACUCUUCUAGAUCUUAAAUUGGCAGCAUGAAGCCUCCUUCUUCUAGUGGUAGCUGAUAUUGGUCUUCGGUACGUCCUUAAAAAGUUGUCACGUAACGCUGUAACCGAAACUGAACGGUUUCGACGAACGAAAUUUGUUACAUAGCGAUCUUCUCUUUCAGUUAUUACUCUCAGGCUACCAGUUCCACGUCUUCGAUUAGCGCUUCCAGUUUCUUUGUAUAAAUUUAUAAUACGAACUACUGAACUUCUAGGAAUACUCAGACGAUUUGAAAUUGCGUGAUUUGAAUAAUGUUCUUGGUGCAAAGCCACUAUUCUUGCUCUAUCAAACAGUGAAAUUAUCUUUCCCGGCAUUUUCAAACAAAACAUACACCAAAUGUGAAUAGCAAGCCAUAAAUAUGAAGACUCAUAUUAUCAAAAUUGCCUCUGGUCGAGAUCAAACAGUAUCUUAGAAACAUUUUUUGUUCAGUGAAAUGCUAAAACAAUAUACUUUACAUGCCCAGAAACUGAACGUCAGCUAAAUACUCUUAUACAAAAUUUUCAAGGGGUCCAAGACUUUUGGCGAUGUGUGUACUAUAAUGUCCAUCUAAAAUCAGAAGAACAGGCGAAGAUGCAGACGGUUUUACUAUAUCGAUGAAAUGUCUGAACAACUGGGUGAACCUGACGUAGUCUGAAUCCAUCUGCUGGGAUGAACUGCCGCUAUUGAGCAUGAAGGGGCGCCUUUCAUAUGUUGACUAUUUUUCAUAUUUUUUUCGAGAAAAAAUGAGCAUUAGUGGUACGAAGUCUUCCGCUGCACUCAUGCAGGCUUCAAAGGCAUCAAAGUUAUUACAGAACCUCUUUCUAGUUACGUCAAUGAUGCAAUAUUUCUUUUACCCUUACGACCUAAUACAUCAGCACAAUAGUCAGAUCAGUUUCAUCCACGUUGAAUACAUUAUUAGCAAGGAACCUAUACUUCUCGUACGCGUUCCAGAAGCGUAAAAAAAUAUUAACGUAACUCUCUUCGUUAAAUUCUGUGACACGAGUGUCACAGAAUUUAAGAAGUGGGUUAGAGAAUAUUUUUGAAGUGGGUUUUUUAACCGACAGGGAAUUCUGAUACUUUUUUAAAAAUACACUGACCAACAUUUUCCUGCUCUUUAUGUGUUUUCAAUAGGAUAACUUAUACCGUAUUGCUCUGCUAACUAGAACGCCAUUAGUCGUCGUUGCGGGUUAAGCCAUAAAACUUCUUCCAAGUCAAGAAUGUAGAUUUCUUUCAACUUUGUAUCCAAAACUGUCUUUCGUCUCUUUUAAUUUCAACAGCCUGCUCUACACUAUUUGGGCUAAUUGCUGCACCGUUGCCCUUGGAACACCAAAGGUUUUUUAUGCCUUUAGGGUGCCCAUACUUUUUUUCCUGCUUGAACAGCUCUUUUGAGAUUCUCUUUAUCCCAUGUCCUUCGUUCUUUGGAGGUCAAAUUGGUGGUUAUCAUAAGUUUGUGUCAUGUGUUAGGCAUUUUAAAACAAAACGUAACAAUAUAAUUAUACAGAGUGUGUACUAAACAUGCGGAAAAAUCUAAGGUUUUAUUCCUAUUCUAAGGAUAUUUUCUUCUUUUAUGAUUUUUAAUAGGAUACUUUGUUUGGAAGAUACGAAGCGAAAAAGGAAUUUCACAAUAACAAUUAUUUAUUACCAAAAAUUACAUGUAAUGUUUCUUAAUCUACAUGAACUGUUGAAAAUGACUACCCUCCGCUCGGAUGCAAGAAUCCAAAGUGUUUUUGAAAGAAUUCGACUCCUGAACUGUUACAUCUAGCAAUUAUUCGAUUUCUCAAAUAUUCUACAUCUUCCACUGGUGUAGUAUAAACUAAUGAAUUUAUGUGUUAGGUUUAGAGUAGGCCAUACGUGAAAUCCACCUCGAUCAAUCCAGCGAUCUUGUCGAGCCAAAAUGCUAAAAUGCGCUGGUGCACCAUAGUGCAUAAACCACAUUGUAUUUCUUGUAACCAAUGACACAUCCUGCAGAAACUGAGGUAGCGUUUGUUCCAAAAAAUUGCAGUAUACCUCGCCGAUAAGUCUUGAGUGGCAGAAAUACUGGUCUAAUUAGGAAGUCACCUAUAAUUCGUAUCCAAACGUUUAUCGAGAACUGAUGUUGAGAGCGAUCUUUAAGCACCUUAUGUGGAUUUUCUUCUGCCCAAACAUGGUUAUUGUGAAAAUUCCUUAUUGAAUUUCUUGAGAAACUUCAUCGGUUAAAAGAAUAAGAGUCAGUAGUUGAGGGAUUUGAACCAAUGUGUGCAAAAUCCAUUGACAGAUUUCAAUACAUGGAAGAAAAUCUGCAGGAAGAAGUGCUUGAACGCCUUGUACAUAUUAUGUGGUAUGGGUACAACAAAUUUUCUCUAAGAAUCUUCGAAAUUGUCCCGUUACUUAAAUUUAAAGUAUUUGCAAUUUUUCGAGUAGAGGUACCUGGAUCUUCUUCCUACCAUGGCCAGCACAUUCUUUUCUAGUUCUACAUUUCCUACUGUCAUGUGCCUUCCUUCAAUAUUCAUUUCACUUCAAUGCUCCUGUUUCACAAAGUCCCUAAUGUAUAUUUUGAAAGGUUUUUCUGUUAGGCACAUUACAAUUGGGAAAUCGUUCACGGUAUAACCGACUAGCUGCUAAUGAACUGCCAUCAGCAAGUCCAUAAAUGUAUUGCAUGUCAGCCAUCUCGGCGUUCGUAUAGCCAGUGAUAGACGACUUCACUAAGAAGACUUCAAGUAUUAAACACAAAAAAUACACGUCUACAUUUUUCUAAAAUUUUGAAACUAAUUGACAAACUAAAGUUUAUUGAGCUACGUUAAUCGGAAUUUAGUUACAUUUUUUAUUACUUAAUAGGUCCAGUGUAGUACGCUAUACUUUUAUUUUGGCAACAUUAAUAAUUUUAAAACUACCAAAAUUGGAUGGUUGAAAUUCUUUUCCGCCCAAAAUAUCCUUAGAAUAGUCCAAGGAAUAAUCCUUUAAAUUUUGCCGCAUAUUUAGUUAUAUGGGCUAGCGCAUAUUACAAACCUAAAACCAGCCCUUAUUACAGAAUAACCUCAAAAAUCGGAGAUAACCCCCUAGCCCAUAUUCAAAGUCUAGCCCAUAAUUGUACCUUCUCCUCUACAUUUAAUAUAUAUUUAUGAGACAAUUUUUUAAAAUCAAAAAGUGCUGAUACGGCAUUGCCGACCACUUUGAUAUUGAAUGUAUUUUUUUGGUGUAAAUUAUUUCCUUGUUAUUAAAAUAAGAAUUGCCGCCACAAGCAAUAUGCACUUAAAUCAAAAUAUAGGGUAGUUUCACUUUCUUUACAUUUUUUUCAGCUGCGAUAAACCUACAAUUUUUUUUACUACAUUACCGGUCCUAUACAUUAUUUUCUUCCUAAACUUACUCAAGACUCUUGCAUAUACACAAACACUAAAUCUUCGGGUUCAUAAACGUGAAAAAUAUAUGUAUAGUUUUCUGAAAGACAACAAAUAUAAAAAUGUAAAAUGUUCCUAAGGCUAAAUUGUGAGCUAAUCAGUGUCAACAAAACUAUCAGUCUCAUAGCUAUAUAAUAUAUUAACAAAAUUAAACUGAGAACAAAUCACGAAGGUUACUAUAGGGUUAAAAAAAUUAUAAUUAUAGUUUUACCCUUAUAGCCUCCACUGCCGGUCUGCACAUAUUUUAUUAAUUAUUAUAUGAUAAAAUAGUUUUGUGAAUUAUACGAUGUGUUAGAAAAAAAUAGAAAAUAGUUUUAUUAUUAGACUGAAUUAUAUACGAGUAAAUGUUAGCGGAGGAAGAAAUUUGUCUAAAUGAAAUUAAAUUAGAAGUGCCAAAUUGACACGAUUAUUUAUUUUAGCAGAAAAGAGUUUUAUAGCGUAGUCUGCAGGCCGGUUUUAAUGUAAUAAUGAAAACGGUUGUCGGUUAGUUUUUUUUUAUUGAGCAGGAAUUGAAGUAAAUAAUAUUAAAGAAAAACUACUACAUGUUGUUUUGGUCCAAUGUGAUAAAAAAAUUAUUUUUCUUUUGCUCGUUCUUUAAGAAUUAAUCGACAGUCAUUUUUUAUAUAUGAAUUAAUUAUAUGUUGGGUAAUUAAUUUAUCUCUUAGAUUGUACAGAAUAAUUUUAAAAUCGUUUUAUAUUUUUAAGUGCAAAAUUGACGUAGAAACGAGCCAAUUUAAGCAAUGUGGUGGUUUCUAUAUUACUACGUCUAUUUGAAUAAUGGCGUGAAAACUUUAAAUUUUUGCAAUAUCAGUCUAAAGUUUUAUCGAGAAAGUUCAGUUUAAAAUGUACCUUUCCGAGCAAAUUUUUAAAUUUGCACAUUUUCUAAUAUGUAGGUUUCUAUUUUUACUCCAAAGUCAUAGUUUGUUUAUUUAUUGUUAUUUUACGUGUAUAUAAGGUAUAAUAUUAGAGGUGUAUAUAAUGUAUAAGCCAGACCCCAUGGCGUUUGGCGUAAUAAAUUGUUUAAUUAUGAACCCGCGUAUAAAUUACGUGAAUUCGGGUUCUUUUUUUGUAUUAUUUAAACCAUUUUAUUAUAUAUAUGUAAUGCAUUUAAAUAAUUGUUUCGAAUUUCAAAAAUAAAAGUUUCUCACUA